CACGUUGUGACUUUUUUCUGCUAGUCUGUUAGCGCAUCUUACGAUACCCACCGAACUUGCAACAGUACUAGAACCAGAUCCGUUCGAAACAAUGGGUCGGAUCCGGUGAUAUUCUUUCGCUGAUAGCGUACGGUAGUACGUACUAGCAGAUUGAGUUAGAUCCAACUAAACCACCAGAGACUUUUGAUUGUUCAUAGUACUCGAAACUCUUAUCAAUAGAGSCAAAGAAAACUAUACAAAUUUUGAACACAGACAAACGAUGCCAGAAGACACAAAACAACCCACUGRUGGCGCCGGCCCCGGCGAGAAGACAAAAAAGAAGCGAGUGAUUGUCACACCACCAUGCCCACCAGCCGUUUCUACGGGAUACUUGAUAUUGAGAGGUGUCUUGCAGAGUUUGGUGGGUGCCAGUAUGGACGAAGCAGCUGUAUCGCUCUUGCAACCCACAUAUAUCAAAGAAAAAGUCCCAUCGGGAAAAUUCUCUGUCAACUUAGGCAAGAAACUUGGGUUUUGCGAGUUGGAUUUGCCUGAAGACGAUGAAUCSUCUUCUGUUGAAGACUUUUGGAAGGCCGUUCAAAUUGCGUUGGAUCGAAUCAUCGCCCAAGAUUUGCCCAUCACGACUGGUGCUUCGCUUCCCAAGGAUCAAGCUUUAGAACAAUAUGGGAAGGGUAUUUUAAAUGGCGGUAUUCUAAAAAAGACUCCCGAUCCMUUGCCAUUCUGCUCGUAUCUUGAUGGCUUAGUGUUGGCAGUCCCUCCGAGUGCCCCUUAUCCAACCACUGGUUCCAUCAAAGCGAUCACGUUGGACGCAAAGCAGUGCAAUAUUACCGCGGGUAAGAAAKCACGCAAAGCCGAAAUCACUAUCAAAUUCACUGUGGAAGAGAAGACAGGGGAUAGUGACGCAUSCUUACCUACGUUGGCGGAAACCUUGUCUUGUGACUCUUUUGCUGAAGUAGUGACGACCGAAGGGCUAGCCAGCCUUAGAGAGAACAAAAUCCGAAUGAMCGAAGGGAAACAACUCCUUGCCGCAGCCGCUGAAGCUGAAGCGGCUAAGAAUGUAACAAACCAUGUUGAAGCCGUCACUGCUUCUGGAAASGGCGGUGAGGAAAUGGUGGUCACUGCUUAUGAAGUCUCGGGAGAUAUCGACUAUACAAAACUAGUUAAAAAUUUUGGGUCCACCUUAAUUGAUGAUGCUCUCAUGCAACGYAUCACUGAUCACACGGUUGGAAAGGGUAAAGUGGAAAAACUCCAUCGGUUUUUGCGACGAGGGAUUUAUUUUUCUCACCGAGAUAUGAAUGCCCUUUUAGAUUGCAUAGAAAAAAAGCAACCCAUGUAUUUGUACACUGGUAGAGGUCCAAGUUCAUCAUCAAUGCAUAUCGGGCACUUAAUUCCCUUUUUGUUCACCAAGUGGUUGCAAGAUGCGUUUGAUGUCCCGUUGGUCGUUCAAAUGACUGACGACGAAAAGUUCUUGUUCAAGGGUAAAUACGAUCCCGAAACAGGAGACAACUUAAACCAUUAUGCUGGCCUUACGAUGGAAAAUGCACGCGAUAUAAUUGCGUGUGGUUUCGACUACAAAAAGACAUUUUUGUUUUCUGACUUGGAUUACGUUGGAACCAUGUACCCCAACAUUGUUCGUAUUUGGAAGGCUGUCACAACAAAUACAAUUAAUGGAAUUUUUGGUUUUGACGGAAGUUCAAAUAUUGGUAAAAUUGCGUUCCCAGCGAUCCAAGCUGCUCCAUCUUUCGCAUCUAGCUUCCCAACAGUCCUGGAAGAACCAAACCCUCUUGAAACAAAGGCUGUUUGUUUGAUUCCCUGUGCCAUUGAUCAGGAUCCAUACUUUCGGAUGACGCGAGAUGUUGCCCAUAAGUUGGUAGGUAAGAAUCAUGGGCUUAAUGGCAAACCAGCUUUGAUCCACUGCAAGUUCUUCCCUCCGCUACAGGGUGCCGCAGGAAAAAUGUCCAGUAGUGACGAAAACUCGGCGAUUUUCUUGACAGAUACACCAGAAGAUAUCGAACGAAAGAUUAAAGAACACGCCUUUUCUGGCGGACAGGAAACCAAGAAGCUGCAGGAAGAAUUGGGUGCGAACUUGGAAACUGAUGUGAGCUACCAGUGGCUAUCAUUUUUGCUGGAAGAUGACGACGAACUAGCUGCGAUUGGAAAGGACUACGGAUCUGGAAGUGGUGAAUACUGGUCUACAGGUAAAGUCAAAGCAAGAUUGAUUGAAGUCCUUCAAGAUUUGGUGGCCCGUCAUCAGGAGCGUCGUGCAACGAUAACAGACGACGAGGUUCGUAACUGGAUGAAGCAACGUAGUAUCUUGGUAAAGGAGUAAAAUAUAUUCAUGUUUCUUAAAAAAUUGUGAAAGGAUUUUUUAUAUAUUUUUUYGUCUAAAAUGCUCUUCGCGUUGUGAAAUGGACAUCAGUUUUCAAAAAGAAUCGUUGUAGGACUACGUGCUCGUACAGUAGUAGCGAUUUAUACAGAUUCUUCUUAACAAAAGUCAAUGCUAAUU